GACUGCAAGAGAGAAGGAAACAAACUGGUCGCUAGAGGCGCUGCUGUUCUCAGGGCCGCUGCUUUGCUUUCUGCUAUUCCGUGGCUGGCUGGUGCCGUCCGCACGGUAAAAAAUGUACUCGGGACAAGCGAUCGUUUUGAGAAAUUUACGUCAAAUCCCGCCUAAUACCGCCAAAGUUAUUCGCUUGCAAAAGCAGUUUGUCGAAGCUGUUCAGCGAUAUCAGGAAUUAAAUGAAAGACCGGAUAAAGAUGAAGCGAUGCUUCAGGAAUUAUUACGAGAAAUAGCUGUCCUCGAUAAGACACAGCGCGAGGAACUCGAUCUUGUUAGAGAAGCCGAGUUGAAAUGUAUCUCUCAAGAAAUUCAGAAUGAUUUAUUCUGUUCUGAAAAACUGAGCGAUCCUGGACUAUCUGCUCAAACCCAGGAAUGUAGCGAAACUGAAGAUGAAUUCCCUCCAUCAACUCAGGAAUUAAAAACCACUGGUGAAGACAUUUCAUCAAGCUCUACCUCAGCGAAAACUGAAAAUUUCAAAGAGCCAAACAAACUGGCAGUUCUUGAAGAAAUUGAGGAAGAGCAAGAAAAGUCAAAUGAUGAACAACCAAUGGAUUGGGAAGAUUUAACUAGAGAGCAAUGGUCUGAGUCUGACAGACUACUUCAAAAAGUAGAAAGAGUUGGUACAAAAGUGCUUCAACGAGAUUUUAUGUCUACUGUUGGUGAGUCUUCUAUACUUUUAAUAUUUCAGAGUUGCAGAAAUUAAUUUAUUCCUUAUAUUAUUCUAGAAUUGGUUCAUGUUAGCCACUACAAAAAAGCCGAAGAAGCCUUGAUCCAGAGAAAAGCAAAGGCAGUUCAGGGUAAAAAGGUGAUCACAACUGGUCCUUGGCAAAUUAUCGAUAUACCAACAAAGGUAUCUAACAGGAGAUGCAACUACUUAACUGGCCUCCAUGUUACUAUUAGACAAAAAGAUCCUAAGCGGUCGGUUAUGACGUCGUAUUCAAUGGAACCGAGCGGGGUUAAAACUCGCCAUCAUGAUUCACGUGGAUCCUCUCGGGCUUCGUCGCGAGCGUCUUCUCCCGUUUUCUCGCAAACGGAAAGUUACAACAGCAAAGAUAACUACAAUUCCGGCUCAAAUGCGAAGCACUUAAGAAGUACGAAAACACGUGCCAAAUCUAAGAAAGCAUCACCCACCGCACCUAGCAAGAUUAACAACAAUAAUUAUAAUCAACAAAACAAAUCGAGUCCGUCAAGUAAAACCACAACGUUCAACUCGAACCCGUCGAACAAACCAGAGCCUGUAGAUUCAAACAGCAAAAAUAGCAGUCGAGCUCUAGAACCGUGCGUCACGUACACCCUUGUUGAUGGUGUGCCUCAUUUCAAAGUAUUUUUUCCUUCGUCCAAUGACUCUAUAACUAGCCCAGCAGCUGGUGGUAUCCCUAAGACGGCAAUUAACGGGUCGCCGUCCUUUUCUUCGACUCGAGCUUCCAUCGUGGAGAGUGAUAUUGAAAUUAUGCAGACUAAUAAUUGUCUGGAGAACGGGAGCAGCCCUCGUAUUACGCCGGAGCGAAAAAUUAAACCUUCAUCAAAACCUAUCAAAAGACCUCGUCUAUCUCACCAAGGUUUUAGUCUGUCUACGACUCCCAUUAAAGCAGGAACGUCUAACGUGGAAACUGUACCCAAUUCAACGGCCAUAAAGGCGGAAGAGACUGGUAACAAAGAAGAGAUGGGCCGCUGCAUCGAGAAAUGCGGCAGCUGGAUGGGAGCUCCUCAUUUCAAAUUCUAUCGCACGUUUCCAUCUGUUAACGCUACCGUUGCUUCAACUAAUUGGUCAGGAUCUGCAAACUCGACGGUGACGACAGUAGUACCUCCAAAGUCGGUUGUAAUUGCGCCUGCACCCAAGCUCUCAUCUCCUAUAACGACUCCCAAGUUGGUCAUCGCGUCCAGCAACGCGACUUCCUCGACCGCUACAACGGUGUUGCCUGCUAUGCCCAAGUUAACGAUGGGAAACCAAGGAUUGAAAAACUUCGUUUCACCGUCAGGGCCCCCGUUGAAUGCACAAAGUGGUAAAUUUGUGCCCAUUGCUCCUAAAGUUGCGAGCCUAGCUGGCGGAGUAUCCAACUAUGUCAUCGUUCCGUUCGCCGACAAGAAUAACGGCAAUCAGUCAACUGCCAUUAAAAGACCCAUAUCACUGUUGAAGACUUGUCCACCUCUAUCCAGCUCACAGAAUCCUUCCUCGGCUGGCACCUUUCUCACUGUCAAGAACCUGAAGGAAUGUUUCCAGAAUAAUAAGCAGUAUAAAGACAUGAAAGUUGUCGUCCAGAAAGUUCCUGUCACCGUACAAGCGCCAACAACGGGCACAGCAUCUGGCGGAAACCAGUCACCCGGUCAGAGAGUUCCCCUGGCCUCCGAUAAGGAAGACCUGAAGAAAAAGGUGGUCAAACUCUUUCCCUCCACAGAUAAGGAGAAGGCCAACGGUGAUGAUUCUCAUCACCUGACGUCGCCAACUGUUAUCGUGGCCGAUAUGUCAAUGUAGGAUUAAUUCAAAUUGUAAUCUUUGCCCCUAAAGAUGGGAAUUGUUCUUCCCCUCUAUUCGUUUAAUCUUGUUUUUUUUCCAAUCGGCAUUUUGUGCCCUGUCGUUUUUUCUUCUUUUUUUUUCUUUCGAAGACUUCAAAGUUGAUUGCUCUUGUUCUCUACUAUUUUUGAACUUCUUACACAGUAACCUAGUUGCCCCAAUUUCCCUUGUACCCCUCGAAAUUCAAUAAGACGUUACCGAACCGUUUUUGAUUAAUUAAGGUGAAAUUCCACGUUCGAAUGAUAUUGUGUAUGAAUGCUGUCAUGGAUGUGUAUAUGAUUGAGUGUGUCAGAUAUGGUUGUCUCAGCGAAAGAAAGCAAAAAUUGUUUUUCCUUUUUUUUUUUUUUUAUUGUAUUUCCUCCUUUUCUCUUGCUCGCUUCCUCCAUCUGUACGGUUAUGAAGAAGAAAUGAGGUGCGGAAUUCCGAAGGGAGAAAACACGAGGAGGAUAUGUAGUCAGCACGGACGAUAAAAACAAAUAUGGCGCACCCUUGUCGUAGUGUAUCGUUACAAAUACACCUAUUGUCUUAUGUGAA